AUGAAAUGCACUGAUGAUCAAUCUGAUGUAAGUUUCAAGACAACAUGGCAACUUCCACCGAGAUUUGUGAUGGAUGUCUUCAACAAGAAAGAUUUAAAGAAGAAGAUGGAAGACUACAUUUAUAAAUUUAUGCAACCUACUGCUGAUUUAAAAUUUAUAUACGUUCCUAUUCAAGAGGAUGACCACUGGUAUCUAAUGGUAAUAUCGGUUUGCGAGCAUACAAUUUAUCACAUGGACACCCAUUUUAAUGAUGACAGAAUUCGCUAUCGUGAACGUGUUAUGAAGACACUAGCACACGUACUGGAGCAAGUCAUCACGUCGAAUUUUUACAAGGAUGAUGGCAUUCAAGAGUAUAAUAAACAAUUUCAUGACUACAAAAUUGAAAGACCAGAAGAUAUACCUCAAUGUUCCUCAAGCUUGAACUCUGCAACUUGGGUGAUGAAGUGGAUGGAUAUGACUUAUGAAUUUAAGCCAUAUGGUAACAACAAGCUUGAUGAUCACGAUAUUCGCAUGAUAACCGCGGUGCAUAUACUCCGGAGUCGGAUCAACUAUAAGAAGCCACAGAUUAUAGCAUCGGUCGAGGAGUUUUGGAAUAUGCACAGUUCUUAUAAUUAAUCUAGAUAGAGUGUAAUACAUUGGUUAGUGCGUAUUUAUUUGUUAGAGUUAGUGGAUGUACUUCUUGCAAAUUUCUUUAAAUGACUUCUUAAACAGAAAUGUAUUGCUUCGUUACUUUUCUCAAUUUUACUCUAUUUCUA